AUGUGGUCUUACCGGAAGAGUCAUUGCCCGCCCGCUGCCCACAACAACGCUGCCGAAAUUCGAUCUUUCAAAUCAUGGCUGAGCAAGAUAACGACGAGCAUGAAGGGAACGACAAUCAGCAUGGUUGAAGCUCAAACCCUCGCUCUGACGAUCGGAAUGCUGCUGCAUGACUUAGAAAAGUCAUUGUCGAGCAACCGUGAUAAGUAUAACUUACCGGAUCACGUACUUAACACUCUGCAUGAUCACGCGUUCGUCAAGGAUCGCCUGCUGUAUGCUUGCAAGUCACUGGCGAAAGAGUGGGAGGAAGUUCCAAAGCGGUCGAAGCGCCUCAUGAAUCCUCCAGGUACCGGGUCGGAUGCAUCUGCCAUUGGCACGAGGAUCCGGAAGCGCGGCCGCAAGGGCGAGCCCGUGUCUCCGACGAAGGGGCAACGUGCCGCCAAGAAGCCCCGGCACUAG